AUGUUUUACACUUUAACAAUAGAACAAAGAGAUCGCCGUAAGAAGGAUAAAAAAGCAAAUUAAGUUAAUUGUCCAUAAUGUCCAGCUUCUUUAUAAGGAAUUUUAAAAUCUAAAGCAUUUUGGUAUUUAUUUUUAAUACCCUUUAUAGUAUAUUUUGUUUAAAUUAUGUUUGCAAAACUCAUAUAGUAAAAAAACGAAAAGAUCCUUUAAUUGAUGAUAAAAUUGGUAAAAUAUGUAAAGAAUGUGAAGAUGCAAUUCUAUUUUAAAAAAUUAUGUCAAAGGUAUAAAUAAUUCUAUAAAAAUUCAGCAUUAAAAAAAAGAAUAGGAAUUGAAAGAUUAGUAUUAAGAAUUACAAAAUACUUUGGAUAAUGUUAAUAGUUAAUUUAAAGAUUUGUUAUCUUAAGAAUAAACAAUUAAAUAUACAAUUGAAAAGGGCUAAAAAGAAUAUGAGAAAAAAGAGCAAUAAGCUAAAUAAAAUAUUAAAGAAGCAGAAGAUAGAUAGGAUUAAUGUAAUUAGGAAAGCCUUUAAUUAAGCCAAUAAUAUCGUAAGUUAGUGGAGGAAAAAUAGAUUAAAGAGAAAGAAAAAUAAGCAUUACAAGAAAAACAUGAAAAUAUGUAAAAGUCUAUAAUAUAAUUAGUUAAUAAUAGGAACAAUAAAUUUUAAUUGAAAUUUAAGAAAUUUAAGAAAAUAUUAAAACAGUAAAUGAGACUAUCAGCAAUAUUACUUAAGAAAUCGCCAGAAUUAAUUAUAAUUAAAAAUCUGAAGAGAAAGAAAAAUAAAGUCUAUUUGCCCGAUAUACAUAAAGUGGUGUUGGCACAAUUCAAAUUGAUUCUAAAUAAGUAUCUGAAAUAAUUCCAAGAACAACAAUUUAAAAAAAUAAAAAAUAAAUACUUGAUCAACCAGAUAGAGGAGAAGGAUUUUGUUGUAUGAGUAUUAUUCCGAGUAAUUCUAAAAAGAAAAAGGGAUGA